GCAUUGUUUGCUAUUUUGUUUUGUUGUGCGCACAAAUAAUUUAAAAUUGUUUAUUGUAAUUUAAGCAAACUAAAUAAUGGAUGCAACAAGUAUAUUGGACGAUGCCAAGCUGGAAGCAUUCCGCGAGCUAAACUUACUAGAAAAGCAUCGAGUUGAGAGUUUCAAGGAUUGGCCCUUUUCAUCAAAUUCCACAUGCAGCAUUAGCAAGAUGGCCGAAGCGGGGUUUUACUGGACGGGCACCACGCGUGAAAAUGAUACCGCCACUUGCUUCGUGUGCGCCAAAACCCUAGAUGGCUGGGAGGCAGAAGACGAUCCUUGGAAGGAGCAUUUAAAGCACGCUCCACAAUGUGAGUUUGUUAAAAUGGGUUGCGCUGAAAAGGAUUUAACUGUGGAGCAAUUUUUGAAUAUUUUUGGAACUGUUGUAAAGAUGAAUAUUUCAAAGAAUAUUAAGGAUUUUAAAACCAAAUUUGUGAAAGAUAAUGAGGCCAAGCUGAAGAGCUUCACGCAGAAUCAAUCUUAGUUUUAAUUUUUAUAUGCAUAUUUAAUAAAUUA